UGUGUGUGUGUGUGUGUGUACACAAGCUAACGUUUAACUGUAGCCACAGGCAGCUUCGUGCGUGUGGUUUCAUCCUGUGCUGUCUGUGUGUAACAGUAUGUGUGCUAAAGUUAGGGACAAUCUACUGAAGCUAGCCAGCUGAAGUUAGUAACGCAGGUAGCUGGUGGUUCAGAGCUCAGUCCCCUGCAGGACUUUCUACAGUGGUGCGACAGAGUCUGCUUGGUACUCAGCAGUAAGGUGUGUGUGAGUAAAGAGGGAACAGUGGCUGAGUAUGGGAUGCUGGCAAAGGACAACAUAGAGGAGGGGGAGGUUUUAUUCACCAUCCCCAGAUCAGCUCUUCUCCACCAGGGAACAACCAAGAUCUCAGCCCUGCUGGAGAAAGAGAGGGCUUCUCUAGAGAGCCCGUCUGGCUGGGUUCCCCUUCUGCUGGCUCUGCUGUAUGAGUAUACGUCCUCACAGUCCCACUGGAAACCCUACCUCUCCCUGUGGACCGACUUCAAGGCACUGGACCACCCCAUGUUUUGGUCUAAAGAGGAGAGAGACAGACUGUUGAGGGGAACAGGUAUUCCAGAGGCUGUGGACACAGACCUGGCUAACAUCCAGAGGGAAUACACAGACGUGGUUCUUCCCUUCAUUACCAAGCAUCCCGACCUCUGGAACCCUGACACACACACUCUGGAGCUGUACAAACAGCUGGUGGCCUUUGUCAUGGCUUACAGUUUCCAGGAGCCACAGGAAGAGGAGGACGAUGAAGAGGAAGAGGAGGAGGGGGAGAAGGCUGCCAACCCACCGAUGAUGGUUCCUAUGGCAGACAUGCUUAAUCACGUGUCCAAUCACAAUGCUAAUCUGGAGUUUACACCAGACAGUUUGAAGAUGGUUUGCGUGCGCCCCAUUCAUAAAGGCGAGGAGGUAUUUAACACCUACGGGCAGAUGGCCAACUGGCAGCUGCUGCAUAUGUACGGUUUCACAGAGCCGUAUCAAAGCAACAGCAACGACACCGCUGACAUCCCCAUCACCAACCUCUACAAAGCCGCCACACAAGGUAUUCAGUCUGAUUCGGACCGGCAGCUGUUGGACGAGCAGUGGGAGAUGCUGUGUGAGAUGAUGCAAGAGAAAGCAGCCUUUGUCUUUGGCAAACAGGGCUGCCUUACAGACACAGAGCUGCAUACUGUGCUCAAGGUGCUGUGCAUGUCUAAGGAAGAGUUCGCAGAGUUCAACGAUAAUGAAGGAUGGGAGGAAGAUGAAGAGGAAGACGAGAAGAUCUCCCUUGCUUUCUCUAACGAGGGUCUCCCUGGGUUAAAGGCUUCAUGGAAAGGACUGAUUCACGAAGCAGCCCGUCUGACUGUGAGGUCCUAUGGAGACGAUCAGGAGGGGAAGAGGGAGGGAGGGGAUGUGGACAGAGACAAGGCGCUGAUAGAGAACAUGGUGGCACUUGCAGGACUGAACAGCAGGCGGCAGAAUGCACUGCAGGUACGCUACGGACAGAAAAGCAUCCUGCACAGACUGAUGGCGCUCACUCAGUCGUGAGUUCAGCUGCAGCAGUGAGCGGGACCACAGGCGGAGUUUGUUUUUUUUAUCUCAAGGGGGAAAACUAAAAUGUCUCCCUCAGAAUACACAGUCAAUAAAUGUUUUUUUCCUGAAAACUGA